AUGACUAAUCACCCGAAUGAAAACGGAGAUAUUUAUCAAAGCGUCUUCAAAUUCCAUAAUUCAGGAAUAUACGGAAUCCUCAACCACGAAAGUCUUGAAUGUACCAAUCUUCCAAUCAACUCAAAUCUACUCCAUUUCACUAACAAACUUUUAGAAGAAAAAUAUAUUCAGACACUUUAUUGCGAUAGAAGUGAUAGAAACAAAGUUUCAAACGAAUUCAAAAGCAAUUUGCUGAUAUUUUAUGUAUUUUUUACCUUGUACAUUUUAAUUCUGGUGACAUGUUCGCUGCUGCUUUACAAUGAAGACAAUUUAGAAUCUGUCCAUUUGUUCUUGCAGUUAAGCUCGCUAUUAGCAAUUUUAUUGAUUGCUUAUGGAAUUUUAUUCCUUAUCUUAACAUGUGGCUGGUUUUUACGAAAAAGUAGGAUUUUAUAUACUUUGUUUGGGCUGAUUUUUAUGAUUUUUUUAGUUGUAGGAGAUGAAAGAAUUUUAAGUGGGAUUUACGAUAACAAAUUUCAUAAGAGUUAUAUACCUGGAUCAUUAGGAAUAGUUUGCUGGAUUAUCAUGAUGAGAACAAUUCUAUUUGACAGUUUUCAAAUAAUUGCUUUCUUAUCAACUUCGUGCUUAGCAUUAUUUCUAGGUUUAUCCUUAGGAUAUUCUCCUUUAUCAACAUAUGCAAUUGCAGGAGAAUUCCUAAUUUUGCUGAUUUUCUUAACAAUUCAGACGAUAGAAUCUCAUCAAAUUGACUACAGAACUCGACAAAUCUUCUGAAGAGCUGAUAAAGAGCACGAAUUAUAUGAACUUCCUCCACAAGAAUUUCAAUCUAAAGCAACGAUAAACUCAGAAAUUGAGGUUCUUGUAGAGUCUUGCGAUAGUAUAAAAAAAGAAAUAAAAAACGCCUGUAAAGUUAUAAUUUAUAAUGACUUAAAAACAAGGCUAAAAGGGACUUGCACUGAAAUAGAAAAAGUUAAGAGAAGAAUUGCGCACGGGAAAUAUCUGAAAGAAAUUAAAAUAGAGAAAGAUCACUUUAUUGAUGAUGACGACAAAUAAUUAAAUAUGGCGUCUCAGUUCUGGAUGGUCUCCCGACAAUGCAGCCUCGAGCACAUAUUAAAUUUAUAUCUCGCGAUGUUUUGCUAACCCAGAAUGGACAGCAAUCUCAGUUAAGCAAUUCCGCAGCGUGCGGAGCCUGAUCCGAGUCACCUUUUUAGGAUGGGAUUUUAUCUUGUGGGAAAAGAAAUGCCUAAGUUGAAAAGGAGAUGUCCAGUAGAGUCUUUUGACUCUUCGCACAACUCUCUACCGUAAAACUAAGAGUUAGAACUUAGGCUAUAAGUUGGGACCUUUUGCCGAUAGUCGGCAAGAAAUUCCAUUUUUAGAAUUUUUGUGCAGACAACCUGCGUAAAAGCCGGAGAGCUGGAAGGAUAGCCAUCGAAAUCAAACGGCCGAAGCCUAGGGAUAGAUUACGACGAAGCCAGACUGUGCACGACGUGAGGGUAGAGCCGGGAAUCCCGAAGCAGUAACAGGAGCCCAUUCAGGUGAUGUGAUAGUGGAUGUUGAACGAAGGCUCAAUCUUAUAAAUUUUAUGUUAUGUAAUGAUGAUGACGACAAAACAUUUAUGAUUGAAAACUUCAUGGAGCCUCAAGAAACUACUCAUGCCAAAUCAAUAACUCGUCCAAUUACAAUGACAGAUAGUGAUAAAGACCAGCCUAAAACAAAUUUCCCAUUCAGCAAUUAUGGAGAAUCAGAGCUAGAAGGUGUUCUAUCUACAGUGGGCAGAAACUAUAACUUCGAUAUAUGAUUUGUAUAUACCUCUACCGGACACAGUAUUUUUAUAGUCGCCAAAUAUUUGUUAAAAAAAUGGAAUAUGCAGACGAAAUUCAACAUCAGUGAAGAUGUUAGUGACGCCUAUUUCAAAUGCAUUGAAAAUGUAAUUUUUAUUUAGAAUUAUAAUCAUAAUCCCUAUCAUAAUGCAUGUCACGCUGCUGAUGUAUUGCAUACACUUCUUUUUUUUUGUGAAUAUGGCAGCCUUUAUCCUUCUCUGGGAAGCUUACUCCCUCAGUGAGUUAAAAAAAACACUUUGUUUACUCGUAAAAAUUUAUAUAUAAAUUGUUUUUGUAAAUUUCUUUUUCAAAAUUUAAAAAUUUUUAAAAUGCAAGCCAUUAAAAAUUCAUCAGAUUUACAUUAUUCUACUUUCAUAAAAAAAUUUUUUCACUUAUGGAGGUGGGUUUAUGCAAAAAAAGAUCUUUCCAAUUUUUUUCGCUCAUGGAAGAGUUAGAUAUCUUGUCUUCAAUUAUUGCUGCAUUAGGGCACGAUGUAGGUCAUCAAGCAUUGACAAAUCGAUUUUUGGUCAAUAAUAGAGACGAAUUAGCGUUGCAGUAUAAUGACAGUUCUGUAUUAGAAAAUAUGCAUUGUUCCAAAACAUACUUAAUUAUGCAGAGACCUGGAUGCAAUAUUUUUGAAGGGCUAUGCAAUGAUGAUUGAAUAAAAGCCAGAAAACUUAUAGUAGAAAUGAUUUUAGACACCGACAUGUCAAAGCAUUUCGAAAUCUUAGGAAGAUGAAGAACAAGGGCUCUUCAUUUAUCAGAUUUAAAUAUAGAAAAGCAAGAAGACAAAAUAUUAAUUCUUGCCAUGGCACUUAAAUGCUCAGAUAUUGGCCAUAGUGCAAAAGUAACUGAUUUACAUGAAAAAUGGACAGCACUUGUAUGUGAAGAGUUUUUCAAUCAAGGAGACAUAGAGAAGGCAAGAAACCAGCCCGUUUCAAUGUACUGUGACAGAGAAACUACUGAUAUAGCAAAAAGCCAAGCAGGGUUUUUGAAAAAUAUUUGCAUACCAUUAUUUGAAGCAUGAUGUGGAUAUCUGAACUCUGAAACGCUGAAUCAACUCGUUAUGGAUCAGCUUACUCCAUCAGCGACUAAGCCCAGAAUGGGUGUCCAAUAGAGUAGGGUGGCUUAGUUACCUAUGGUGCUUUGUGGUCUGCUCAGAAUGACGCAAGCUUGCUGAGUUUUUUCUUUAGGAGGAGACAAGAUCUCAAGGGCUAGUCUCUCCAGCAAAGGGUCUCGCUAAGGAUCGAUCUGACUAGAUUGAUUAACAGUGGCUUUGAGUUAAAAAAUGGUGUCGCCCUGUAAAAUCAUUGGUCAUAUCAAAAGCGCCGGGCUCUCGUGGGGGUUUCAGUCCGAGCCUUGAAAGUCUUGGUUAAAGCCACCCCGCAGCGAUUACUUUGGAAUAGAUGGAGUGCAGGAAGUGGGGAGUUUAAAUCGCAACUUAGUCUUAAUCUCUUAAAAAUUAUUUUGAUUUCAAAUUGGAAUUUUAAAAAUUUUGAUUAUUAAUUUUCAACCCUCUCUUAAGAGUUAGAAAGAAUCUAGCAAUUUGGGUUGGAAAAUCGAGAACUAGGAGAAGCACUUUAAAUGGAUUUCACAAAACUGAUACAAAAAGCAAUGAGCUUGUAAGAAUGAUUAGUCAUUCUUCUGAUAGGUUAACUACAGCAAGAAACAGAGAAAGAGAUGAAUUGAUAUAG